UGCGUCGCAAUUUUCGGUGGCGUUCGUCUGCUUAUUCUGCAGUCUGAAGCCGUUGAGAAGAUUCAAAUUCGAAUGGAAGACGUAACCUCACGUUGACGAAAACACUUCCGACAAAUCAAGUAAAAAUCUCUUCAAGAUGGCAACAGAUCUUAAAGGUCCAGAUAUCGAGGAUUUUUGUGUGUUGAAGCCCAUCAGUCGUGGAGCAUUCGGGAAGGUAUUUCUGGGAUGUAAGAAGCAAAAUCCUGACAGCAUUUACGCCAUCAAGGUCUUGAACAAAUCUGACAUUGUUCACCGUAAUAUGGCUUCGCAAGUCAUCAGAGAGAGAAAUGCAUUGGCCAUCUCAAAGAGUCCAUUCUGUGUGCAGCUGUUUUAUUGCCUCCAAAAUUCUUCCAACAUUUACAUGGUCAUGGAGUACAUGAUUGGUGGUGAUCUCAAGUCCUUGCUGAGUGAAAUGGGCUAUUUUGAUGAAAAGAUGGCCACAUUUUACACAACAGAAGUUGCUCUAGCCUUGGAAUAUUUGCACAAGCAUGGCAUCAUUCAUCGUGAUGUGAAACCAGACAACAUGCUGCUGUCAGAUAAAGGCCAUGUCAAAUUGACUGAUUUCGGUUUGAGUCGCGUCCAUAUCGGCAGAGACUUGAACAUAUCGGACCUGCUUUCGCCAGUAGUGAACAAGAAUGAUUACCACAUGGUGAGAACCCCUGGACAAUUGCUUUCACUGACGUCUCAUUUGUCGUUCAAGAGCGGAAUGUCCCCUUGCGCCGACAGGGGACAGUCGCCCGUCUUCAACACGCCUGAAAUCAUGCGCGAUCACGAAGCAUAUAAAGAAAAUUCCUUCACUCUCGAUCUGAACCUUGAUUUCUCGAUCGGAGUCAGUCCUCCCAGGAACAGCGACUCUUUUACUUCCCUAAAGCGGAAACACGACGUCGACUCUGAAGAACCUGAAAGUCAAGUUCAGUUCAAAAUUCCAAGAACCGGUUUAACAGAAAUUUUCCACUUUGCCAAUUUAACCGAGGACUGUGACCUCAGGUCCAGUUCGUCGGCGACUACCAAGUCAAGAAACUUCAGUCCGCCCAGCUUGAGAAUUAACUCGACUCCCAUCAGUCAACUGAGUCGGGCUCAGCUGCAAUCCAAUCCGGCGCCGUUCAAAAGUCCUGUACCAGGCCCCAGCACCUCCCGACUUGACGCUGAUGUGAAGACUCCGUUUAGGACUCCACGUCUAAUGAAACGUGGUAAAAGAAGGAGAGGAGCAGUGGUGACGUUCAGCAGUCCGUCCGUCUGCGAGUCGACGGCCGAUAUUAGUCAAUACGGCAGCCAGAACGAAGGCUGCGUUCUGGGCACGCCCGACUAUUUGGCACCCGAACUCUUACGGAAGAAACCCCACGGACCGGCCGUCGAUUGGUGGUCACUGGGCAUUUGCCUCUACGAAUUCUUGUUGGGCGGUCCCCCCUUCAACGACGAAACACCGGAUAAAAUUUUCAACAACAUCCUGGAACGAAAUAUCGAAUGGCCGCCCGAGGACGACGAUUGCCUCAGUUCCGCUGCCCGAGAAGCGAUUGAAGCCCUUUUAACACUGGAUCCCACCGAGCGGGCCGACGGGUCCCAGUUGCGCACUCUACCGCUGUUUGACCACCUGUCUUGGACCCAGGAAAUCUUGAAUGCGGAUGCUCCGUUCAUGCCACAGCCCAAGGAUCACACAGACACCACUUAUUUCCAGGCUCGCAACUGUCUGCAAAAUCUGCGCGUUUCACAGACCGACUUUUGAAGGGCAGACAGACAAAGCGCUUCUGCUUCUCUCUCAAGAGUGUUUAGCACUUUUAACCAGCAAAAAUUUAUCCUUUAGCUUUCAUUUUCUUUCUUUUACUUUAACCCCUUAACCCGGCAAUCAUCUCGUCGUCGUCUCUCUCUCUCUGUGUGUGUGAAGAGAGUAUAAAUAUCUAUGUAUGUGCAGCACGAAGCGAACAAAAAGGAAACCAAACAAAAAACACGAAAGAUUACCAAAUA